GAUUUCAGAAAAAUGACCGGCGGUGACCGCAGAGGCGCCGUCCCACGCGCUGCCUUGUGCUGUGGAAAGCCUGGACGUCGCGUUUCGCCCUCGUCGCCCUUCGGCGGCGUCCAGGGGGCGCGCCGCACCCGUCGCCCGCGUUUAAACUUAGAACGAGCAGGGGUCCCAGGCGCUGGCCACCAAACGAGUCAGUAGAACGAACCGCUGCUCCGUGUGCCCCUAGGCUCCAGGAGCUCUGUCCGACCGGCCAAACCCAACGAUCCUCAAAACACGACUCCGCUAGACGACAAUGGCGCCCCGAAACUGGAAGCGACCCUUGACUCUCAUCUACAACGACAACUACAAGUACGGCAACAGCCUCUACUCGGGAGCCAUCGACGACAUCGAGAAACGCUACCAAGCGUCCAUGUCCAGAACGGCGUUCAGGUCCGACCGGGGCGACCUGGGCCUCACGACCUUCUCGAGCUCCCAGAUCGGCUCGGCGCCUGAGCCAUCGUCGUCGCGGCCCACCACCAACGCGAGCGAGCCUGAACCGACGCUUCUGUCGCCGUCCUUCUCGGCACCUUCCAGGUCUCCGGCCAGGUCCGUGCUGGACAUCGACACGGACCUGCGCAAGGCCCGAUCGUCGGGCGACUUCGGUCGGCUGCGAAGCUCGUACAGGCCCACUUCGUGGAGCGACGACGAAGACCUUGGUCUACUGGAUGACCCCGGCUACUCGAGGAGGCGCAGGCGUAGGCGCCAGGACAGGAACGACUACCUCUUGACGUCCCCGUCUGCUGCCGGCGGAGAUUUUUACCUCGAGAAAUGCCGCGAGCUGAAGGGCGAGUUGGAGGCGUUGCACGGGCGAGUGAUGGACGCCGAAAGCCGAGCCCGCAACGAGGCCGGGAACCUGCGCAGCAAGGUCCAGGCGGAGAUCGCGGAGCUCAGCCUCCAGCUUGAGGACACCACCUUGCAGAAUAACGAGCUCCAGAAAGCCGUCAAGAGGCAGGCCAAGCAGCUGCUGGACCUGCAGGCUUACUGCGACGAGAUGCAGCGUCACAUGCAGGGAGCUGUUGACGACCUGUCCAUGGCCAACAAGCGCUGCCUCGACCUGCAGAACGAGGUGGAAAGCCUGCGAUCCAACCUCGAGUCCGGCGUGCGCCAUAUUUAGCUGGACGGACUGCUUAUCCGAGAGAAAGAUCCACGGGAGUCCGGAGCCCUGUUCACAAGAUCCUUAGAGCACACGGAGCAAGGAUAGAAAGUAGCACCGAACAAGUUGUUGCCAAGCCUGACCAACCCCGUAGCUCGACCAGACACUGGGACCUUUCGACAGAUUGUUUUGAAACACCACCUUGCUUUUGAGUUUCCGUACUAAUGUGCACUCCCCCAGUACAGCACAUCAAGUUAGAGCUUGUGCCAUCCAGAAAAUUGAACGUGCCGGGACAACACACCGCAAACAAUACACGACAACCGGGUGCUCACUCCGGUCGCUUAGUAAUAAAGAAAUCGGACCUUUCUCAA